AUGGCUUCAGACGGCGCCACGAACAACGAAAGGCUCCUAGCCGCAGCGCGGUCCGAUAACGAGGACAUGCUCCUCGAGGUCUUCGACGAGGGAAAGUUCGACAUCAAUGCUCAGGAUGGGCUUGGCAACACUGCCCUUCAUUAUGCCGCGUCGAAUGGGUACCUUGAGAUAUUGGAACAUAUACUUGAACAUGAAGACUGCGACGUCGACCCGCAGAACCGCAUGGAGAAGGCGACACCUCUCCACCUCGCACUGCGCAUCGAAGACCAGGAUUUGAGAACAGCCGUCGUCUCGAGUCUCCUGGAGGCCGGUGCGGAUACGAGGAUAAAGGACAAGAACGGGGAGACCGUGUUUGAUCUGGUCUCACCCGAAGACACUGAGAUCCGCACGUUGCUUCGGAAAUCUCAGGCGCAGGCAAGCAUCUCGAAGGACGAUGUGGCCGAUGAUGACGACGAUGACGAGGGGGAAUAUUCCGGCUCUGGGUCGGACGAGGAGUAA